AUGUUCAGCAGACAGGAUAAGCCCAGCCUGAAGCACCCGAGGAGCGUCAUCAUCAUGAGCAUCACAAAGAAUCGCAAAGGAGGAGAGGACGACGGAGAGCGCCGCCUCAUCGGGUCGCCGUCGAGGAACGCCGCCGCGCCCGUCGGGACGUUUGUCUACGUGCUGGCCUUUUUUUCGGGCUUAGGGGGGUUCCUCUUUGGCUACGACACCGGGGUGGUGUCGGGGGCCUUGCUGCUCCUGAAGAGGGAGAUGAACUUGAACACCCUCUGGCAGGAGCUGGUGGUCUCCAGCACCGUGGGGGCGGCGGCCGUUUCCAGCCUGAGCGGGGGCUACCUGAACGGGCUGCUGGGGCGCAGGAAAUGCACCCUGGUGGCCAGCUUCAUCUUCACCAUUGGCGGGUUCAUCAUGACGUUUGCGCCGAACAAGGAGGUCCUUCUGGUGGGCAGGAUUAUCAUCGGCCUUGGGAUUGGCGUCGGCUCCAUGACGCUGCCCGUGUACAUCGCUGAGGUUUCGCCGCCACACAUGCGGGGCCAGCUCGUCACCGUCAUCACCGUCCUCAUCACGGCCGGCCAGUUCAGCGCCAACGUGGUGGACGGCGCUUUCAGCUACAUGAAACGCGACGGCUGGAGGUACAUGCUGGGUCUGUCGGUGGUGCCGGCCAUAGGGCAGUUUGUGGGCUUCCUCUUCCUGCCCGAGAGCCCCCGCUGGCUCCUCCAGAAGGGCAGACACCAGGAGGCCCGCCGGGUCCUGAGCCGGAUCCGAGGCUGCCAGGAUGUGGACGAGGAGUACGACUACAUCCAGAGCAGCAUCGAGGAGGAGGAGAAGGGAGCGAAAGACGGCGAGGUCAUCUUCUUUCGCAUCCUCCGCCACGGACCCACCCGCAGGGCUCUGAUCGUGGGCUGUGGCCUGCAGAUGUUCCAGCAGCUGACGGGGAUCAACACGGUCAUGUACUACAGCGCCACCAUUCUGCAGAUGUCGGGCGUGCGCGACGAGAGGCAGGCCAUCUGGUUGUCCGCCGUGACCUCAGGGACCAACUUCGUAUGCACCUCGCUCAGCAUCUGGCUGGUUGACCGAGUGGGACGCAGGAAGCUGACGUUGGCCAGCAUCACGGGUACCACUCUGAGUCUGUCCGUGUUGUCAAUCGGCUUCCUGCUGUCGGCGCAGAACUCUCCGGCUGUGACGCUGCGGCCGCUCGACUCCCACAACUCAUCCUGCACGUCGUACAGGACCUGCUCCGACUGCAUGUUGAACCCCGCUUGUGGAUUUUGCUAUCGCCAGAACAGCAGCGACAUAUUUGACUCCACCUGCCUUCCCGCCAACCCCACGUCUAGCGACCACUCAGCAUGGGGACGGUCGGUUAUUUACUUCCUGUUUGUGUCUGUGACCGCCCUGGUCCUCAUUAAUGCAAUGUUCCUCAUGCAGGUGCUUCAACCAGACGGAUGCGCCAGAGAGUCCAAUCUGGGCUUACAACUACUGUCCGACUUUAUACUCCUGGGUGGUCCUGGCAGGCCUCCUCCUCUACCUGAUGUCUUUUGCUCCAGGAAUGGGUCCCAUGCCGUGGACCAUCAACUCCGAGAUCUACCCACUCUGGGCCCGCAGCACUGGCAACGCCUGCUCGGCUGGCAUCAACUGGAUCUUCAACGUCAUCCUGUCGCUCACCUUCCUCCAUGUCGCGGAGCUGCUCACCUAUCAAGGCAUCUUCUUCCUGUACACGGGCUUCACGGUGCUGGGCUUCCUCUUCAUCCUGUGCUGCCUGCCGGAGACGAAGGGCCUGCAGCUGGAGGACAUCGAGAACCUGUUCAUGGGCCCGCUGUGCUCCUGCGGGGACGGCUUAAACUUCAAGAACCAGAACAUCCAGUACACCCGGAAACACCCGGACUUGAUCCCAGCCGACUACGGAUCGACGGGCUCAGACAUGGGCAUAGCGUACAUCACUGUAAGUACUGCAUACUCCUCAAACUGUCAGCGGACCUCGGCAAAAGUUCCAUUUUUAAAGCUUUUUAUUGUUAAUGCUAAAUGGGUUUUUUUUUAACGUGUAACCUUCUUUAUUUCCACAGCUGAAGUGAGCAACUAAAUGUAUUUUCUCCUCUGCAUUGUCUGCUCUCCAGAUGUACUCAAAACAGUCCUAUUUAUUUCAAUAUGAGGAUUACAUAUACAGUCAGUCAACAGAUUCAUAUUUAUGCAUAUUAUUCAAUACUGGGUGGCUACAGAGAAUAUAUAUGGAUUAUUGGAGAUUGUUUUGCACAAAGUUUGGAUAUAUUCUGGUAGUUCUGGUUUUACAAUGGGUUUGUUUUAAUUGUAUUGACCAUUUUAAUCAUGUUUACAUAUCAUAACCGUGCCUCAAAUUGCUUGAAUACACAACCAAAAGUUGUAUAUAUCUGGUUAAAAAAAACAAUAUAUGUAUAUAUAUAUAUAUAUGUAUGUAUGUAAUAAAACAUUUUCAAUGUCUGA